AUGGUAUCAUGAGGUUGAGUCUCAGGCUGAAUCGUGAUUGGCUGAGGUCACCGGAUUUUUUUAACAGAGUACAUUGUUGGCGCUAGAUUCACGCAGCACGUUGUCGGCGAAACGAACACAUUGCAGCACAUUCAUGCAUUUACAAGCACGCAGCAUGGCCGCGGACAAUGGUAUGUCAAAUGGCCAGGAAACGGCCUCGCUAAAUGGGGAACCAGCCAUGAAGAGACCCCGAGAGAGUGAGGUUGAAUCUUUACGGAUUCCUCGGGAGCCAAAGAAUAAAGUGACCGUAGUUCUUGGGGCCCAAUGGGGUGACGAAGGAAAGGGCAAAGUGGUGGACCUCUUGGCUAUGGAUGCAGAUAUUGUAUGCAGGUGCCAGGGAGGAAACAACGCAGGACACACCGUGGUGGUGGACUCAGUGGAGUACGAUUUCCACCUGCUGCCCAGUGGAGUGCUGAACAAAAAGGCCAUGUCCUUUAUUGGCAACGGGGUUGUGAUACAUCUGCCUGGGUUGUUUGAUGAGGCUGAAAAAAACCUACAGAAAGGAAAAGGACUUGCAGGAUGGGAGGAAAGACUGAAGAUUUCUGAUCGUGCACACCUUGUGUUCAACUUUCAUCAAGCUGUUGAUGGAAUACAGGAGCAACAAAGACAACUGCAGGCUGGGAAAAAUUUGGGAACUACCAAAAAAGGCAUUGGCCCAGCAUACUCUUCUAAAGCUGCCCGCAAUGGACUGAGGGUGUGUGAUUUGGUGGAUGACUUCGCAGUCUUUGAGGAGAAAUUCCGAGUUCUGGCAGGUCAUUUUCAGGCCAUGUAUCCUAAUCUCAACAUUGCUGUUGAUGCUGAACUAGACCAGCUAAAGGGAUUUGCUGAGAGGUUGCGCCCCUUGGUGACUGAUGGAGUGUAUUUCAUGCACAAAGCUCUGACUGGACCAAGCAAGAAGAUUCUAGUAGAGGGGGCUAAUGCAGCUCUCUUGGAUAUUGACUUUGGAACCUACCCGUUUGUGACCUCAUCCAACUGCACAGUGGGAGGUGUAUGCACAGGGCUCGGAGUGCCUCCGUCCCAUGUGGGUCGCGUCUAUGGCGUGGUGAAGGCCUACACCACCAGAGUUGGAGUUGGAGCUUUUCCAACAGAGCAGGACAAUGACACAGGCUCUCUGUUGCAGUCUCGCGGGAGAGAGUUUGGGGUCACCACCGGCAGACGACGUCGCUGUGGCUGGUUGGACCUGGUUCUAGUCGGAUAUGCCCACAUGAUCAAUGGAUUCACUGCCAUUGCCCUGACGAAAUUGGACAUCCUGGACACUCUGCCUGAGAUCAAAAUAGGCGUUGCGUACACCGUUGAUGGACAAGCCCUUCCCAGUUUCCCUGCAAAUAUGGACAUGUUGACUCGGGUGUCAGUGGAGUACGAGACUCUGCCCGGAUGGUGUUGCAGCACUGAAGCCGUGCGUUGUUUUGAUGAGCUGCCUUCUCAAGCACAGGACUACAUCCGCUUCAUCGAGAAGUUUCUGCAAGUGCCAGUGAAAUGGGUUGGAGUCGGCAAGUCGCGUGAAAGCAUGAUCAAGCUGUUUUGAUCUAGUGUGGCACACAGUGUCCCAAGUAUGUGGGACUCCAGUCCACAUUUUGUGGAUCAAUGCAAAGAAUAUGUUAAAUAUUGCACCACAUAAUGUCCCUCAUAAUGUUCCAGUCAAACAUCAGCACCAGCAGCAGAUUGAGAGCACAGGUUCAGUGUAACCUGACCCAUCUAACCUUUUAAAUGGUUCACCAGACCAGUGCCCACUUACAUUCCAUAAAGGCUUUUUUAUAUCAGAAAUAUUCCAGCACACAAAAAAAAUGACUGACCAUGACAUUGUGGUCAUAUGUGAUGGAAUCUGGGCAUUCUGUUUCAACGGAGGAUUUGAAGGAGUAUUACAGGCCUUCUACCUGUGUUUUUUUUUUUCUCCCCUACUGAUAAUGUCAUGAAGGUUUUGGAAAAGAACUUUGAUUUGUGGUGUGUUUAAUUUGAAGGUUGAUAUUAAGUGAACAUCCUUGUAGCAUAACUGUAAAAAUGGUUUCAUAUAGUUAUUUUUAUUCACUGAAGGUUAUUUUCAUUAACUGAGAACUUUGUGACCUCAAAAUGAUUUCACGUAAGUCCUGUGAUUUUUCUACACCUGAUUUCCAUCCUCUCUUGGUUAUUUGUGUUUUGUUGCUAGCUAGCUAGCUAGCUAAGGCUCAAAAUUACACUUCUAAGCAAUAGCCUGUGAACUAUUCAGACUAUUCUAAUGUCUCAUCUUGUUUACAUUUUUACAAUGUAUAACCGUAAAUAUGAAAUGAGACCAUAUUCAUUGAGCAGACCUCCACUUGGAUUAGGAGGGAAAGAGCAUUUAGGCUGUGUACCUGAUGCAAAGGAAAUUGAUAACCACAGACAGACUGUUAGCAAAAAUGCUUUCAUAGCUCGUGUUCACUUAUUGGUAUGAUGUGACCCAACCUAAUAAAUAACACAAAUUAAACAAUUUAAUGAGUGGAAGGAAAAUUGGCUAUAGCUAAAUUACUUGUGCCAAGGACCACAAGCAAGUGUUAUAGGACUUUCUUUCAUUUUUAGUCUGUCCCAAAUUAAAAUGUAAAAAUGAAAAGCCUUAAAAUAGGCAUAUGGUUGAAUUUUACCACUGGACUGGAUGUGCAGAUGUGAUUGUUAUCGUUUUUUUUUCAAAAAUACAUUUAACAUUUUGUUGACUGUUGAAGCAAUCUUCUUAUUUUGCUUUGCCCAUAUGAUGUAUAUUAUACCGCUGUUUAAAAAAAAUUAUAAAAUCUUAUACAUAAACACUUGCACUGUAGCCUAAUUAUCAAGCAAUGUCAUUCUGAAACCAUGCACUUUUGGUGCAUAGGCUACCUAUGGCUGUGGGUGCUCCAGUGAAGAGCUUUGUAAUAAGAAUCUAAGAGCUUUCAUGGAUCUAACCUGAUGAUUCCCCCCCCCCCCCCCCCUUUGAAUUGGUGUCAAUGUGUAACUGCAACAGCUGCUGAAUGAAUAGUUGUAGUCAGUAACAACAUUUAAAGAUUCUUUUUUAUGCAAUUUUUUUCUUUGAAUGGUAAAGAACAUUAUUUUAAUCACAAAGGAUCACAAGCAAAUAUUUGUAUGUUAAAAUAAUCAAAGCUCACUGGCAUUCCUAUGCAUAUUAUGUCAAAAUUUUUGACUCAUUAUCUGCUCUUUCAGAACAAUAAAAUGUUUGAGCUGCA